AUGUCUCAGGCUGAGUUUGGCAAAGCUGCUAAGGAUGUUAAGCACCUCAAGACCCAGCCAGCAGACGAUGAGAUGCUGUUCAUCUACAGCCGCUACAAACACGCAACCGUGGGUGACAAAAAUACAAAACGGCCUGGGAUGUUGGACCUCAAAGGCACGGCCAAGUGGGAUGCCUGGAAUGAGCUGAAAGGGACGUCCAAGGAAGAUGCCACGAGAGCGUACAUCAACAAAGUAGAAGAACUAAAGAAAAAAUAUUAG